AAAAUUGGAGAGGAGGUGUUUUACCAGAUUGACUGUGAGCGCUUGGCAUUGGAAAACGUCGAUCCUCCACCAGAGAUGAACGUCAGACGUGCGGAGGAGGAUGCAGAACCCAUCGCGAUGGAAUCUGCACCAUUCAAGAAACAUCUCGUUUCCUUAUUGGACAUCGAAGCAGCGUGCAAUUCAUCAACAUCUUCAAAGCGCGGCAAGCCACACACGAUGGACACUUUCUGUCCCAUGGACCCUCCGUGCAUCCUGGACGAUCCCAUUAAUCCCGGUCAUUCCAUGACGGAUCCGUCGACGCUUAUAAAGAAGAUGGAUCUGAUGAAGCCACCUGAAGACGCUUUGAGUGGACUUUUAAACAGCCGUAGAAACAUGAUGUCGCUUCUGGGUCCAGGUCGGAUGACUAUUGAUGAAGUGAAGCCGACAUACACUGAGACACUUUGCAAGGUUCUGGAGGAGCCAAGUACCUCUGCUGGUCAAGCAGCCAAGAGUGAAGGUGUUCCGCUGCUUGAUGUGCCGUUUCCAUCACUCAGCCAGUCACUGAUGGGUGAGAAGCUGGCCAUGGAGCUGGUCUGCAAAGAAAAUACUCUUCGCCUUGAAGCACUUCCCUCCAUGAGCGUGUCAAUGAAAGACUUCAACGAGCUGGUUGUGGCUCCCCAGCUCACUUUCAACUGUGGUGGGAUUCGAUUACUACCAGUUCCACUUCUGCAGCAGGACGAAUUGCAGGGAGAUGGCAAUCUCCUACCUGUCUCCGCGUUCUUAUCUCUAAGCGAGUCCGUGAAGGCGAAUCUUACAAUGGCUUCUCGUGCAAGAGAUUUCCUAUACCUAGAUUGGCAUCUGUCGCAAGAUUUCAAGUCUUGCACUUCAUUCAGUUGUUCCAACGCUGACUGCAAGUUAUCUUUUCGGAAAGUUAAGCUGCUCCAAUCCGAGCCACCUCAAUCUGACUCACUGUUUUCUCUCCUUGAGGACAGGAUGCAGAGCGUUUCUGCACAAGCGGUUUCGCAAAUCGAGCAAAGAAUGCUGCUGCCAUCAGCGUUGGUUCAGAUGGUGGGUGCAACGUCGACCUAUCCAACCGUUGCACCAUUCGUCUCACCAUCACCACAUGCUUCUCGUGUUGCUGCUGCAGUGCAGCCGCCAUUUCAGCCUCAGGUUAGACACGCUGAACCUCAGACUGCACCAAAGCUUCAUGUACCGCUUUCACAUGUUAAAAUCAUGCCGUCGCCCCAGCCCCAGCCCCAGCCUCAGCCUCAGCCUCAACCAUCGAUUGUGACACCACCCCCUGUUUCUCCUAUGAAUCUACCUCACAGUCGAUUAGUGUCAAUGCCAUCGCCAGCUGAUACUGCUGCUGCAGCUGCGUCUGCUUCUCCCGCUUCUGCUGCUGCUGCCGCUAUGUGUGCUUCUGUCGCUGCAGCUGCCGCCGCCGCUGCUGCCUGUGCCACAACUGCCACCGCCUCUCCUGCUGCUGUUAUGCUGAAGAAUAACGAGGAUAACCGACCAGGCUCAGCUGCUAGAGAGGAGGGCAAGCGGAUUGGUUUCCAGCACCAAGUUCAGAAAAUGUCAAGCGAGCUCAUUUUUUUCAUGAAUGCAAGGCAGGGGAAAGCACAGAGUCUUCAGCAAGAACCACCUCAGGAGGUAGCAGCAGCAGUUGAGCCAACCAGACUUGCAGAAGAGGUCAACUUCGGAGCACAUAAUGCAGCUAGAGCUUUGGAGAAGGGGGUCGAGGAUGUGACUAUUGCGCAACCCGUUUGCUUGAAGUCGCCUCCAGCUGCCAACCAGUCCUUGAACAAAUCGGUUUCACAGGUCCACAGAGUGCAGAUGUCUCAGGACCUUGCAGAUAUCGUGGAUCUAGCCAAGGGAGAGUAUCAGAAUCUACUGUGGUCACUGAACAAGGAAGCCAAGACGUCCGUGAAACCCUUUCGCCUGAAACAGGAGGUCAGCCAAUCCAUCAAGGUAGAAAUUUCUCAGCGGACUUCUGGCCAGCUAUCACAGGACCGUGUGCUGCAACAGCUGAAAUGCCUGUACCUGCUUCACCAGUCCGCAAUGCUGUGCUGGCAGUACGGUAUCCGCGUUGCUCAUCUGUUUCUGGAACAGGGGUUGGAAGCUGCAUCCACUGCUCACCUUGCUGCACUCUUCAAGAGGACCAGAGAAGCACUGGCGUCAGCAUUUGAGCUGGUGGAGGGGGGUGCAACGGUGGAUCACCCAAAGCUCUCCAUGCUGACCUCUAUCCUCAGAACCCAUAAGAAGUCCUGCCAGUUACAGGACUCUAAGGGCGCUACAGCUUCUACAGGCUCUGCAAAUGUGCUGAUUGUUGCUGAGAACAUGGCGUUUUUCACUAUGUACAAGCUGCUGGGCACAUGCCAGUUCCAGCCCUUCCAGCUCGGACGUUCUGGAGCGCUCAGUGGGAUGGAUGGGAGAGGGAUACCAGAGAGGAAGUGGAAGAUUGUGCAGCAGGAGGUGCAUGAAGCGCUUGAGAUUUCAGACUGCCUCUUGGUUUCUCCGAAAUACCUGGUGCCUUCAUUUCCAGUGACCAAGUUCAGUAUGGUGAUUAUCUACAGUGAUCUUGUGGAAGGAGAAGAUCUGCGUGUCCUUAAUUCCAUCAGCAGAAAUGUCCACAUUCUUUCUGUGGAGGACCCUGACGAGGCAUUGCUAACAGAGGUCAAGUCCAUGCCUACACAAGCUCCAAAGGAAGUGCACCCAAUUACGGCUGAGAAGGUUCAACACUUAGAGCAGCAACGGAAACCAGAGGCUCCCACAGUCAUUCUCCUUGACAGCGAACCAGAAGACUGUUAUGAUGAGAUUUCCGCAGCACCUGAAGCUUUAAGACACUCUGCCUCAGUUGUAACGGAUUCUGCUCCAUACACGACUGCUGAUGGACCUGAACUGGUCUCAGAGCCGAACAGUUGGAGGCAUGAGGAACAUCUGUCACAUCAUCGUCCAAUUGAAGUUCAAGAACAGAAGAAGGCUGCCGUGGAAUACAAGAGAACAGUCAUUGUCAACACCAGGGACCAGUUUGACCCCAUUGUGCUCAGAAGAAGACAACUAUACGAUAAGAUCCUCCAGCUGGAGGAAAGCGGCAUUCAGAUUAUUGAACGGGAUCUGGUAGCACCGGCAGAGAUUGUGCUGAAUGCAUCAAGCUCACUGAUCAUCUAUAACCCCCAGCGCCUGAAAGAAGUUCAGAAACUGGCAGCAAUGGACGGGCUUCCGUCGAGUUCACUUAUGACUGUGUGUCUAGAAGCUGUUGUGGAAACCCACCUGAAGGCUCUCAGUUUCGCUUACCAGACCUGCUUCUUGGUGUUUGAGGGAACUGACGCCUAUCUGACACAAAUCAAGCGCAAUGUGGACGAUCUUUAUGCUGGAGGAGCAGCACUGGACCUGGACGUGCAAUGUUUCUUCUCGUCAUCUGAAGCCGCAACCGAGAGAUUGAUUCUCAGCCUGCUAUCUGCAGCUUCUUUCCCUUCCACUGCCAAACAAUCAGGCUCCCAACCAUCAGCCUCCCAGCCCUUCCGCACGCCCCUGCCUGAAUCCGAGUCUUUCCAAGAAGCCUUCCUGUGUCGGUUCCCAUCCCUCAACCCACUCUCUGCACACAUCAUCAUGACCUCGGGCUUUCCUCUGCCUGUGUUCAUGUGUCUGCACCACGAGCAGCAAGCAUCAGCAACAGUUCCUCGCGGCCUUCCAUCCCGCUCCCUCAGCCUGUUUCAGGGCCAAUGUGAACACAAGACUACACCACAGCAGGCCACAGCUCGCAACCACAUGCCUGUCCAGGGCUCACGGAAUUCACCUCCAUCAGAAGGCAACCUGCCAAUGUACCCGGGUGACAUGAGGCAAACCGGUUAUCAUCCCGAAAGCGCAUAUGAUGGCAUGCCACCGCCUCACCGAGACAUGCCUUUCAAUCCAGAUUCUCGAUAUACUUCACGUCAUGAACACUCGAUUCAUCCUCCACCCGCUGCAGCUGCUGCUUCGUCUGCGUACUUGGGCUCUAGUUUUCCUUCUGGAAGGAGAUCGAGGCCACCUCCAGAUGUGCCAUGGGGGCAUCAGUCUGCUCGGCCAACCGCCUCAGAAGCUGAAACCCUUGUAUUGAGUGAUGAUGAUGAUGGUGAUCCUGGUCAGCGUGGUGGUGGAUGGAGAGGAUAUGAGCAGCAGCAUCUCCAGCAGCAGGAAAGCAGGCAGCAGCAGAGGAGGUUCCACCAGCAGCCGCACGAGUUGUACCACAGACCAGGACAAUCAGAGCGACUGGUAACGCCAGAUGCAGAUGUGGAUGCCUAUUCAUUUGGUGAUGAGCCAAGCGGCGUUCGAAGCUUCCCGUCUGCAUUUGAGAUUGAGCAGGCAGAUGCAGCACCACUUCUUGGGAAUGAAGACUACUACCACAACCACAUGUCUCAAGUGCGCAUGGCCGAUUCUCCAAGCAGCCACUAUUCUGCAUCACCUGCCAGCAGCACAUACUUCCAAGGAGCAAGCGACUCAGAGCCCUCUCAAGCUCCCUCUGCUUCAAGCGGCGUUAAAUCUGCCUUGCAGGGCUGGAUGUCAAGAAGGCAAUCAGCAGGUCACCAAAGUAACCCUACAGGCAGUUCAUCCUUCCAUUCAGAAAUCCCCCCAGCUGGUACACGAGGAAACCCAUAUGGUGCAAGGUCCUCCUCCCCUCAGAUUUCCCGCUAUUCUGGCCCUGGUACACGUCCAGAUGACUCCCAAUUCCUAUCUCCCCGUCAUGCACAGCCCAUUCAAUCUCAAUAUCAGCAGCAGCAGCAGCGCCCACACCCCCAGCAAUAUCGGUCGCAGCAUCAGCCGAUGCAGAGCUCUCCAAGCCAGGAAACAUGGGCUUCCCCACCAGCACCUCCUCAAACCAACAGGCAGAUUCGUGGCAGAGAGCAAUCUACGAACUCUAACAAACGCAUCCGCACGAACCUUUUUCAAGAUGAUUCUGCAAGAAGGCGAGAGGAGGCUGAUGCGUCUCUGCAGAAGUUCUGGCACACAGGGAGCAAGAUCCCCAAGCAUGUGCUGGUGAAGCGGAAGCUGCAGGGUGUGCAGGCGUCUGAUCAACGAGGGAGCUCCUCUAGCAGAGCUGAGGAGUCACGGCUGUCUUGGACACCAAGUGACAAGAGAGCAAGAGAG